AUGGCCGACAACACCAGAUCUCAGAACCAGGGCCAGAGCGGGGGAGGCGGUAUCCUUGGCGGGGCUGUCGGUGGCGUCGACAAUAUCCUCACUGGCGGUGAUAAAGCUCAAGGCCAAGGCGGGCUACUCGGCGGUUUAGGCAGUACAGUUGGAAAGACGACGGAAGGAGUUGGAAAUACUCUAAACAAGACGACGGAAGGGGUCGGUAAUGUUGCUGGAUCUGCGACUGAAGGCGCCGGAAACGUCGGUAAGGGUGCCACGGACACCCUAAACAACACUGUUAAAGGAGUGACCGGUUCGGGACAGGAACAGCGGGAGUAA